AUGGGAGGUGGUGAUUCGUCGAGGUACGAACUUUACAGAGGUCGGGGCUCUGAUCAAUGGGGAUUUAAGAUUACGACCCUUGACAAUCACACAUACAUAACAGGUGUUUAUGAAUGCACACCGGCGGCGAAAGCUGGAUUAAAAAUCAAUGAAAUAGUUGUAACAAUAAAUCGCGUUCCCUGCGCACUUAUCUACGGGGUCACUGACCUCCUGCUAGCUCAAACAAGCCCGCCAAAAAACUCAGAAGAUGUGGAAAAUAGGCAUUAUUCGAAGCCCAAAAAAUCUUCGGAGAAAAUUAACUCUUCUCCUCCCAAGGAGAAUGUGGAAACUCGAGAAAAGUCUUCUAGCAAACAUCGGUCUAAAUCAAUGACGGCACUUUACGAAAUUAACGUGGAGGAUAGCCAAACUGAUGUGAGGAGGAGGAGGACGAAAUAUGAGCAGAAGAAACGUCAGAGCCACAGGGACUCCAAGAUGAUCGAGGAUCGUCUAAACAUUGAGGUGCCGAAGAAUGGAACAAAAAAUCAUGCACACUUAGGCAAAAGUGUUGAUCGGACCGAAAGCACGUCGCACAGAAGGGAGUCCAAUAACCCGUACGAGCCAGAGGCAGAUAUGACUCAAAUGGAAAAUUGCCGAAGCAGUGCAGUGCUUCAACAGCAGGAGGCGGAGAGUGUCACAGAACAAAACCCUCCGUUUCCCUCAAUGUCUGACCUUCAAAGAAGCCUACCUGCAGGAAAGCGAAGAACACUCCUGCUCAACACCGGCAAGUCUUUAGAAGAUCGAAUUGCAAGCUUAAAUGACUUGUAA